AGGAGGCUAUGUUAGAGCCACAUAAACACAUUCAAAGAUGUGUCUCCAUGCAUUCAGGCAGCCCGACUGAGCCACGACUGCCACGCUGAAUGAAAACAGAGAAAUCAGGGGGAGAGACAAAGAACAACCACCAAGCAAACUACCACACCAUUUCUGCAGGGUCUUGCCCAUUUCCCUCUCUCUCGGAUUGUGAGAGCACGUCUGACAGGGAAGAGAGGAAAACAGGGGAGAUCUACCGGCAGAUUCGUCCCCCAGGCUCCCAAUUACAACCCGUGUUUCCACUUUGAACUAGAAGCCACAGCACAAACAAAUACAGGGAUGCUCUGACCAAAAACAAAGAAGAGAAGAGGAGAAUAAGAAAUCAAGAGAGACAAUGAGUGAGAGAAGGAGGGAUUUUCAAUGAAUGGAGCAUGCAGCAUCAUGUGGUGGAAAUAACUGCAUUUACGUAAGAUGACCCCUCUUGUGUCCACAGCCGCCCGCUAAGGACGUGACUGCCCACGUGGUCUGUCUAGAUGCCAGCAGCUCCCUCUCAGAGCCCCUGACGUCCCCUGGCAAUCUGAGAAAGACAUCCUCAUCCUCCGUUUACACACUCUUGACCCCCCGGUCUGCGAGGAUUAUUGAGUCUCCGGAUUACUGAAGUGUCCGGUUUAGCCGUGGGAGAAAGGGCACACUAUUACUUGAACUUUGGACCGCAGCAUGAGAUGCUCUGGGAGCCAGCAGCAUGGUGGAUGACCUCCAGCAUGCGGUCGUCACAGCUGGACCUCACGCUCGUGGCCAUCCGUCUUUUGUAACUAAGGGUAAUGACCAGACAUAGAACCAAUCCUGGAGAUGCCGAAGAGAAGAGAUAUUCUUGCCAUCGUGUUGAUUGUGUUACCAUGGACCCUCCUCAUCACUGUGUGGCACCAAAGUGCAAUUGCCCCCCUGUUUGCCAUCCGAAAGGUCUGUCACCAUCUAGUAAAAGAGAUCUUAAUCAUACCAGAGCGUCUAACCAUCCACCGGCAACGGCUAGCAGAUGACGGGACAGAGACUAGGCACGACACUGGACCAGCCACAGACUCAAAGGAAUAUUGCUCACAGGACAAGGACAUAGUGGAGGUGGUCCGUACAGAAUACGUGUACACAAGACCUCCUCCCUGGUCUGAUGUAUUGCCCACCAUCCACGUCAUCACUCCAACAUACAGCCGCCCCGUGCAGAAGGCCGAGCUAACACGAUUGGCUAACACCUUCCUCCAUGUGCCCAACCUGCACUGGAUUCUGGUCGAGGACUCUCAGAGGAGAACUCCACUGGUCACGAGGCUUCUGAGGGAAACGGGGCUGAAUUACACACACCUCAAUGUGGAGACCCCACGGAACUACAAGCUGCGAGGGGACACGAGAGAUCCCAGGAUUCCACGUGGCACCAUGCAGAGAAACCUGGCUCUGAGAUGGCUACGGGAGACUUUCAAAUCCAACAGCAGCCAGGCAGGAAUCGUCUACUUUGCUGAUGACGAUAAUACAUACAGCUUGGAGCUGUUUGAGGAGAUGCGAUCGACUCGUAAAGUAUCAGUGUGGCCUGUAGCAUUUGUUGGAGGUUUACGAUACGAGUCUCCAAAGGUCAAUGCAGCAGGAAAAGUGUACGGGUGGAAAACAGUAUUCGACCCUCACCGGCCCUUUGCCAUUGACAUGGCGGGGUUUGCGAUCAACCUACGACUCAUUCUGUUUAAGCCUCAGGCCUACUUCAAGUUACGAGGGGUGAAGGGAGGCUACCAGGAGAGCAGUCUUCUCAGAGAGCUGGUCACUCUCAGUGACCUGGAACCCAAAGCGGCCAACUGCACUAAGAUUCUUGUGUGGCACACACGAACAGAAAAACCUGUCCUGGUGAACGAAGGAAAGAAAGGCUUUACAGACCCCAACGUGGAGAUCUGACACCUGCUUCAGUGUCGGGAUGCCCCCAGAAGGACCCAAAAGGGGAUGGCAGGGAAAUAUUACCCAAUACCAGAUUUUUGAACAGUUUGGAUGCUUAUUCCUAUAAACCACACCUAAACAAGCUCAACAAUAUGGACCUAUUAUUCUAAAGCACAGAUUAGUCUUUUUUUUUAAGGCAAUAUCAUCAGUAUUUUGCAAGAACAAAACCAGAGGGCACUAGACAGAAAGGAAAUUAAGUAUAUUGAUGAAGGAACAUGUGAGAACUGCUAAAACUCCUCACUUCCAUGGAUUUAUAAACUCUGGACGAAGAGGAGACACAACACUCUCAAAGACUGACCAAGAGCGAACUGUUAUCCAUCUAUGAACCCAUCUAUGAUGUUCCUUCAUGUCUAAUGGAUUGAUACUUAAACAUAAAGAAGGGAAUGUCUUCUUUUUACAUAAUGUGUAUUUUAAGUUUGUUUUUGUUGUUUACAUUACUGUCUUGCUAGCACAGCACUACUGAUAUUUUGCCUUCAAAUUCAGCGUCACUUUGCAGUAUUAAACCAGUUCUAUCAUAUACCAGGGCUAGAUGCUAUACUGGAUUUAGUGAUUACGAAGUUGUAACAAGGUUCUCAUGACUAAGACCUAAAUGAUAUGAAUAGCACUCAAAUUUGUUCCUGUGCGUCCAUUGUUCCUGUUAGGACAUGCGUUGUAAAUAUAAUUUAAAGAUGAACAAUCAGAGACUUUAAAAUAAAGUGGUCUAGCAUUCAACAGAACAAACAAUGUAACUACUGUGUUUGUUACUGUAUCAGUUUAAAGUAAGAAUCCAUAGUUUACUAUUACAACUUCCAUAAAACUUCACACGUUCACAGUAGUUAAACCAAAGGAGAUAAAACUGAUGUGUAGGGUUUCACAAUGUUAGUAUUCAGUAUUAAUUGGGCUAGCCUCCGAGAGCAGCACAGAGCUCACCUUAGUAAAUAUUCAGAUGUAUUUAUGUCAAACCGAAGCUUUGGGCUUUGUAGUGGGGAUCUGUCAUGAAGACAUGUUGCUGUACUAAUGAAGCUAAUACUGAGACACCUGGGAAUCUCGAGUGAACAGAAUGUCUUUGCAUAAAACUGUGAGCAUGUGAAUAUUAAAGGCACAUCAAUGAAACUGCAUGUGCAAAAAAAUCUUAACCUGUACGAAUUUUACGAUAAAUCUGGCGUGAUUAGCAUUAGACAAAAUUUGUGGAUCUCUUUAAGCUGCCUUUUCACUGCUUACGUCAGAUUAUAAACCCAGAUUUUUUCACAAUGAUCUGAUCCUCUGUGGACAAUAGCGUUGUUAAAAAUGAGGUUCUCCAUUGGGACCUUAAGUGAUACCAUUGGCUUAAAGAACUUUUAAUGGGUACUCUCUUUAGCACCGGAUUACAAUUACUACUAAAUCAUGUUAUAUGUAAUUUGAAGUCUGUUUUUGAUAUCCUACACAAAAGCAUAGCAAACAGAUUAAUUUUAUCCUUUUAUUAAAUGAUGACUUUGCUAAUUUUCAACCAAGUUUGCAUUAUUACAAUGUUAUAAUGUAGUAGCUAUAGGAAUGGUCAAUCAUCAAAUGACAUAUUUUUCACCAUUUGACAGACAUUUCCUGACAAAUAAUUAGGGAUAUCUCAGUGCGGGUAACAUGUAGAAGUAGUACAAAUCAUACAACAUUGUAACAAUAUAAAGCUGGUUGAAAAUUGCGUAAGUUGAAAGAAUGUAAACUAUCGAUUCUGUAGAAUAGGCGUUAAUAAUAAAUAAACAUAAUUAUUUACAGUG